CUAUUGGGCGUAAAUGUUGUAAAGAGCAUAAAGCGUUUCUGACUUGAUUGUUUCAGACCUGGUGCCUCUUGAUCUGCUGGCCAGAGCCCUGCCACACCCAACAAAAGCCCCGCCCACACAGGUGCUGAUGGUUCAGUCCCGAGGUUCCAGGGGUCUCCAGUUAGCUGGUACCAUGACAACAGUAUUAAGCUUCCCUGCUUCCCAAAUCUUCACCAACUGUGACUAUUUCCCAGCUGAGUUCUCACUGGUUGUCACCAUCAAAAGUCCAAAACUGAGACAGACGACUGAGUACAUCCUUUCAGUGAUGGAGGAGGAAAGUGAGAGACCUUUGGUUGGGUUAAUGGUUUCGGAGAACCAUCUCCACUUCUUGGUCACAUCCCCAGUUCCUGGGGUCCAGAACCGACUCAGCUUCCAGGAGGUUGGCCUGGACGACAACAACUGGCACACAAUGGUGCUCGCCAUCACCGGACCAUAUGCCACGCUGACUGUGGACUGUGGACUCCCUCUGGAGCUUAAAUGGGUCCAGUCCUUUCCCAAUAGUCUGAGUACCAGAGGCACAAGGUUCUUCAUUGGUAGCAGGAGGAAGUGGAAGGGACGUUACUCUGGUUUACUACGUCAGCUGGUUCUCUUACCGGGUUCAGAUGCCACACUCAGAGUGUGUCCAAGCUCAGAACCCAGCCUGGCAGAACUGAUGGUACCACAGUUCCUGAAGUCCAUCCCCUUCCAACCCAACCAACAAAUGCCACAUUACCAGUACGAGGCAGAGACCAGAGUGACGCUGGGACACCAGCCGCCGUGUUCCAAACCACAACACGGCCAGCUGUGGUUCAGCGCUCGCAGGAAAGAACUGUUCAUCUGUGAUGGAGACGUGUGGACGCCGCUGCUGCACAAUAAAGAGCGACUGGAUUAUGUAGAGGACUACCAGGAUCUGUACACCAGCUCUGAAACCUUUGACAUGGACGUCUUCUCCAUCCCGUCUGAAGGUCUCUUCAUGGCCGUAGCCAACAGGGACUGCCGGCCCGGCUCAGGUAUCUACAAAUGGAGGAAUGGGUCCUUCCAGAUCUACCAGAACAUCAGCACUCAGGAGGCUCGAGCCUGGAAGAAGUUUACUAUCAGGAACACGAUCUUUCUGGUUGUUGCCAAUUCUCAGGAGGCAGAGUCAGAACUGUCAGUCAUCUAUCGGUGGAGCACACAGCGGCGGCGGUUUGUCCGUCACCAGACUCUGGAGACUCACGCCGCCGUGGACUGGGAGGCCUUCCAGAUCCACAGUGACAGCUUCCUGGUCGUAGCCAAUCAUAGACGAGCCAGAGACUCCAGCCACAACAUCCACAGUGUGAUCUACAGGUGGAACCCCAACACUAAGCAUUUUGAAGUGAACCAGACUCUGGCCACGUCUGGAGCUUACGACUGGGAGUUCUUCACCGUAGGACCGUAUCACUUCCUGGCUGUUGCGAACACGUUUGACGGCCAGACCACGGCCAUCAGCUCCACCAUCUACAUCUGGCUGGACGGGAGCUUCCAGAUGUUCCAAAGCAUUCCGACGGUUGGAGCGACGGACUGGGAGAUGUUCCAGAUCGACGGCAGGUUCUUCUUGGCUGUGGCCAACAGCCAGAAGGUUUCAGGUCACGGCCCAAGACUCUACAGCAUCAACUCCACUGUGUAUGAGCUGAACACCUUCACGCAGACCUUCAUCCGCUUCCAGGACAUCCUCACGCACAGUGCCCUCGACUGGGAGUUCUUUACAAUCGGAGAACAGAAGUUCUUGGUGGUGGCCAAUUCUCAUGAUGGCAGCUCCUACUCACUCAACAGCGUGGUCUACAGGUGGCAGGGCUAUGAGGGCUUUGUUCCCGUCCACAUUCUGCCUACGUUUGGUUGCAGAGAUUGGGAACACUUCAGCACUGAUGAAGGUUCUUUCCUUGUCUACUCUAGCGCCACCUCAAGGCUCAGCAAAGUGUUCAAACUCAAAACACACUGAUACUCAUCUUACUCAUCUGCUCAGGAGGAAACUGGUUCAGUUAAUGUUCCUGAUUCAAACUGAAGACGUUCUGAUAGGCUGAGUGUUGGCAGAACGUCUCACGAUUCUCCAUGAUUUCUGUUUGGAGAGGAGUGGAUAACCACUGGAGGGGGGACGCGCUCCACAGUUCCAAUCCCAGGUUUUGUUAAGUCAAGCCAAAUGUGGGAUCAUGCCAUGGUGAUGAGCUUCACUGCAUCCACAACACCAUGGACCCGCCUUGGGUGAUCGAUGGAAACCACACAACCAGUCCAUCCCCACAUCUCAAACAUAGGUUUGACAAGACACAAUUAUAUUUCAUAUAACAGUACUGACAUCAUGGAUGACAGACACCUGCCAAAAAUGAUUGGCAGGUGUCUGUCAUUCACUUCUGACUCAUCAAAAACAACAACUUCAGAUAUCUGGUUUGGAAUUCUGAUGAGUCAAAUUUUGGAAAGACUGGAACAGAGUGAAUCCUGGUCAGUUUGGCCGAGUGAUGGUCGUCAGCAUCAAGGCAACGGAAAACGUGAUGGUAAAAACUUCACAAAACAGCUUAAAAGCAGAUAAGUUUUAAUCCACAGAUACCUAAGAUUCUGUUCUGACUCAGUGUGUUUGAUUUCUCCAAUGAGGAAGAAUUAUUUCAUGUUUGACAUAUUAAUGUUUUUGACCUGUUACAUUUGUAAAUAAUAAGCUAGAAUGGGGAAUUAUUGGGUUAGAAAUCUGUUAAGUGCUUCAAAAUGCUGGUUUGAUGUUUAGGACUGUAACAAAAAUUUUAUACAUAUAUAGCUUGUGGUGUAUUGUGGUCAGUAUGAGAUAAGAUCGACUGAAAGGACUCGCUGUUCUAUAUCCCUCUUUUUUCACCGCUUCAGAAACCUGCUUCCUUCAGGAUGGACGGCUGUACAUACCUUUACCAAUGGGACACAUCGUCAGUUGUGUACCUCAGCAUCAUUGGCUGUUUCAGCCAAUUAUCACAAGACAGCCUUUGCUCAUCAAAAAAUGACAUGAUUGCGUGAGGUCUUUCUCUUUUAUACGAGUUAUAUUUGUGUGUUAUUUCACUUAAUUUGAAAUGAUAAAAUGUUUUUGCAUAAAAUGAUAAACUAAUUAUAAACUGAUAUGCAAAAAAAUUGGACCAUGCUGGAAAUAAAUGUUUUACACUGUG